GUAGUAAUAUGUAAACACGGGCGGUGAAUAAUGCGUAUUUUCAGUUUAGUAAUUUCACGUCCGUACAUAUACAGCGUCCCCCGACAGACUGAAAGGUUAGGAUUUUCUUUCAGUCACGCUCCACAUGAAGUAAUAGGUCAAAAUGACGCUGCACGGAAAAAUUGUAGUGAUCAAGAGAAACGGUGCUGAUGGUGCCCAUUUCCCCUUGACGGCAGAGCAGUGUUUGUUUGGAAGAACUAAUGAGUGUGAUAUCCGCAUUCAGUUGCCCAAUGUUUCCCGCGAGCAUUGUAGGAUUGAUGUACAAAAAAAUGGAGAGAUACACUUGGUGAAUUUAAGCCAGGUGAAUCCCACUCUCUUGAAUAGCAAGGCUGUCUUGGAGAGGGAAACCGUACAGCACAAGGAUGUCUUCACCAUCGUUGAUAGGUCUUUCAGGUUCGAAUACCCUCCAGGCUCUUCCCGAAGGACUUCCAUCAAACCAGAGGUCCAGAGCCCAGUAAUAUCAUCCACCACGGCGAAGACGCCCAGUGCUGGUGGUGACACACCAAAAUCUGCAAAGAAGGCGCCAGAGAAAGCUGCAACACCUGCCCAGAAGAAGGCUGCUACUCCUGCUAAAGCCACCCCCAAAGCACCUGCCACACCCAAGGCAGCCACCCCCAAGACACCCAAGUCUGCCAAGAAGGAAUCUCCAAAAGAUUCUGCACCAACACCCAAGGCAAAGUCACCCGCAGCUCCUAAGACGCCCAAGUCUGCUAAGAAAGAAGCUACAGCUGCUGCACCAACACCCAAGGCCAAGUCACCUGCUGCUCCGAAGACACCUAAGUCUGCCAAGAAGGAGUCUCCCAAGGCUGUUACUCCUAAGCCCAGCUCACCUGCCACACCUAAAACUCCAAAGUCUGUGAAGAGAGAAGCCCCCAAGCCUGCAACGCCCGAAGAACCUGCUGCCCCAAAGACUCCCAAGUCGGCCAAGAAGGAAUCGCCAAAGGCAUCGACUACUAAGAGCAAGACGCCAGUGAAGAAGACUCCAGUGAAGGCCUCUCCCAAAUCACAAACACCGAAGACUUCUCCAGGCUCUGCUAAGAAGGCCUCUCCGGCUUCUGCUAAGAAGGCCUCUCCAGCUUCUGCAAAGAAGGCUAGUCCCAAGACACCAGCAACUAAGAGACGCAGUGGAUCACUCAGCAAGAGUGGCGGAAAGAUGACACCGUUCGGUAGUCCACGUGUACCCCAGACCACCCCUCUGAAGAACUCCAUCAGUCAGCUUAGACGUCGAUCUGCACCCGUCAAGGAAGAGGAAGAAGGUGUGUCCCCGGCGAAGAAGGCCACACCCAAGAAAGCGACGCCCAAGAAGUCUCCCAAGGCUCCAACUCCUAAAUCUGCAGGCAAAUCUGCCAAGAAAACACCAGCAUCAGAGUCCGGUAAAAAACGCAAGAGCAGCAACAGCGAUGUAGCACCCAGUGCCAAGAGGAAGCGUGUCUCAUUCGGUCCUUCCCUGAGCCCAGAGCAGUUUGAUAAGUACCUUCCUCCACUAACUCCAGUAAAACGAGGACAGUCUCCUGCAAGGAGGUCUCUCGGUAGCGCAUCUAUCACUCCUAAGGGAAGAUCCUACAAGAAACGUGCUUCUAUAGCUGCAAUUGUCACCCAUCCAGCCAUUGAGGAAGAACCAACUCCUAAGAAAUCUCCUGCCACAAAGCCAAAAGCUUCACCUAAGGCAGCUACUCCCAAGGCUUCACCCAAGGCAGCUACUCCCAAGGCUUCGCCCAAGGCAGCUACUCCCAAGGCUUCGCCCAAGGUAGCUACUCCCAAGGCUUCGCCCAAGGCAGCUACUCCCAAGGCUUCGCCCAAGGCAGCUACUCCCAAGGCUUCACCCAAGGCAGCUACUCCCAAGGCUGUUACUCCCAAAGCCUUGCCAAAAUCAGCAACUCCAAAGGCGUCUCCCAAGGCAGCUACACCCAAGGCUUCACCUAAAGCAGCCACCCCUAAGACAACACCAAAGGUUUCACCCAAAGCAGCCACUCCUAAGACUGCUACUCCUAAGGCUUCACCAAAGGCAGCUACACCUAAAGCUGCUACCCCCAAAGGAAGGGACUCCCCUAAACGUUCACCAAAGCGACCAGCAUCAUUAUCAGAUGAAAGUUUCACUGGCAUUCCGGAGCUCUUCAAGACACCAUCCCCUCAGAAAGUGAGUCGCGUCAGCCAGGGAAAAGUCUCCAAGGUUACCCCGCAAUCUGCCUCAGUGGUGAGGAAGAUUGCUACACCUAUGAAGGAGGAGAUCAAGAAAGCUGCCGAGUCUAAGAGACGAAGCCUGCCCAAGGCUAUUCCACAACACAUGAAGGCUGAGAUUGUUGCCGAAGCAGCCUUGAGACAGAAAAGACGACCAUCGCCUAAGAAGGCUUUGAGCACCCCGUUGAGAACUGCCAUCAAGAAGGGUGUGCAGCUGAAGAAAUCGUCUCCAAAGCCCACAACACCUGCUAAGACACCAACUCCGAAGAAAGGAGCAAGUCCAAGGCCAAUUACUCCUGCAUCAGCCAAAAAGCCAUCUGAGGAGAAGACACCUGUGAAGCCUGCUACACCUAAAGCAGCUACUCCAAAGGCUGCUACUCCAAAGGCUGCUACUCCUAAAGCUGUGACACCAAAGGCUGCGACACCUAAGGUUGUUACACCUAAGGCUGCUACACCUAAAGUGGCUACACCUAAGGCAGCUACACCUAAGGCGGCUACACCUAAGGCGGCUACACCCAAGGCGGCUACACCUAAGGCGGCUACACCCAAGGCGACUACAUCCAAGGCUGCUACACCGAAGGCUGCUACACCUAAGGCUACUACACCUAAAGCGGUUACACCUAAGGCUGCUACACCUAAAGCAGCUAAAAUGGCUACACCUAAGGCAGCUACACCUAAGGCAGCCACUCCUAAGGCAGCUACUCCGAAAGCCAAAACUCCUGCAAAGGAGACACCUGCUAAGGCUGCCACCCCCAAGAAGGCACCUGCAUCGGCAAAGAAGACCCCAGCAAAGAAAGUGGCCAAGAAGACCCCAGCCAAAUCUGCUACCAAGAAGACACCAGCGAGAUCAGCUGUAAAGAAGACCCCAGCCCGCUCUGCCUUGAAGAAGACGCCUGCCAGGAGUGCCAUCAAAAAGACUCCUGCCAGGCCAAAGUCUGCCCGUAAGCCAGCAGGGAAACCUACCUGGGCUGACAUUGCUAAGAGGGGCGCUGCUGUCAAGUCUUCCAAGCCAAGCUGGACUGUCAAGUGGGCUGGCAAGGCUAAGGCCAAGGCUAUCACCAAGAAGGUGCAGAAGGUGCGAAAGCUAAAGGCCAAGACACCAAAGAAGGUUGCCAGGCUUGGAGUUGGUAGCACUGGUCAUGUCGAUUCUCCUGCCACCAUUGUAUUGAAGAAGACUUUGAAGGCAAAGACCCCAGUGAAGACAAAGAAGGGAAGAAAGACACCAUACAAGAAACCUCAAACGAAGAAGACUGAUUCUGUUGCAGACCUCAGCUUUUCAGGAGUACAGGAGCUUUUCCAAACCCCGCCACCAACUAAACGCAGCAAAUCAACCCCAGUCAACACCCCUGACCUCAAGACUCCGGAAGGACCAGGAGAGAUGUUUGUAUCACCCCUUACCACUUCUCCAAAAAAAUCAGCAACCAAGAGAACGUCAACAGGAAAGGUCACCAAGCCUGGUAGGAAGUCAGAGGGUUUGACAGGUGUAGCACGCCUGAUGAAAACUCCCAAGCAAAAGGGCAGGCAAUCAAUUGAUGUUGGAGUUCUGUCUGCAUUGUUUAAGUCACCAAAGCAGAAAGCAGAAGCUAAGACACCUGAAGUAAUGGGAUUGACAAGGCUCUUCAAUGAGAAGGAAAAGACAUCUAAAUCUCCCAAAACACCCAGAAUGGCUGGUCUAUCUAAGAUGAUGAAAACGCCAAAGUCCCAACCAUCACCUAAGUUCACAGGUAUCAAAGAGUUGAUGAAAACUCCGAAGCAAGAUGAUCCAUACACAGAUUUUGAAGGUGUUCCAGAUCUCUUUGCAUCUCCAGCUGCCAUGAAAGUAGAGAAGACACCAGUUAAACCGUCUAUGAAGAGGAAGAGGACUGAGACACCAGCUGCCAAGCCAGCCAAGAGGCAGAGGGUUCAGAAGACACCUGCCAAGACACCAGCUAAGUCUGCAAAGACUCCAGCAAAAUCCUCAGUAGUUACACCGAAGACCACUCCUGCUAAAUCUCCUGCUGCAGCUAAGAAGACACUUGCAAAAUCCCCUGCAGCAGCAAAGAAGACCCCAGCAAAAUCACCUGCUGCUGUAAAGAAGACACCUGCUAAAUCCCCUGCUGCCACAAAGAAGACCCCAGCAAAAUCACCUGCUGCUGUAAAGAAGACACCCACAAAGACUCCUGCCACCCCCAAGGCAACUCCUGCUAAGGCUCCUGCUGCAGCAAGUGAGACUAAAAUCAAAUCACCUGCCGUUGUAGCCAAGAAGACUCCUGUAAAGGAGGUGAAACCGAAGAGGUCUGCAAAGAGUACUAAGGCAGCUACUCCAGCCAAAUCUCCAGCAAAGCAAUCAAGGAGAGGCAGAUUUACAAAGGCCUCUUCUCCAGCUAAACCUGAGCCAGCUGCAAUUGAAGCAAGUCCUGAGAAAACUCCAGUCAAGAAAACAACCAGAGGAAAGAAGAAGGUCGUAGCAUCACCUGUCAAGUCACCAGUGAAAAAGACAACAAGAAGGGGAAAAGCCAAGACCACUUCAGAACCUCAACCAGAAGCUGUUGAGCCCAGUCCUGUAAAGGCAACAGUUAAGAAGUCCACACGGGGAAAGAAGGCAGCACCGGCAUCCCCCAUCAAAUCACCGGUAAAGAAAACAACAAGAGGUAGGAAAGCGGUUUCUCCUGUGAAACCUGUUGUUGAAUCCCCCAAACCUACCCCAGAAAAGGCACCAGCCAAAAAGGGAAGGAGAGGAGCUAAAGCUGUUGUUGUGGAAGCCAGUCCUGUAAAAACUCCAGCAAAAAGGACUACUCGAGGUCGAAAGGCAGUUACACCAAAGAAAUCCCCAGCAAAGAAGGUGGCUACACCCAAGAAAUCACCAGUAAAGAAGGCAACCAGGGGUGGAAAGGCAGUGGCCAAGUCUGUUGAGGUUGCCUCAGAGGCAUCAGUCCCUACACCUGUAAAGACCCCAGCCAAGAGAACUACUAGAGGAAGGAAGGCUGCAUCACCAGCAAAAAAAUCACCUGUCAAGAAGCCUGCUAAAGUAGGAAAGAAAGCAGCAAAAGCUGUUGAACCAGAACCAGUUGAAGCCACUCCUGUGAAAACACCAGCAAAGAGGGCAACCAGAGGAAGGAAGGGAGUAUCCCCUAUCAAAUCUGCAAAGAAGGAAGCACCUGCUGCAGCUCCCAAACGGGGGGCAAAGAGGGCUGCUCCAGACCCAGAACCAGUAGCAUCUCCAGCUCCCAAGAGGAGCAAAGCAGGGCGUUCCAAAGCAGCCCCUAAGGAUUCGCCUAAACCUGCAACCCCUAAGCCAUCACCAAAGGUAACACGGAGAGGUAAGGUAGCAACCAAAGCUGCAACACCUAAGGUUACCAAGAAAGCAGCCAAAGAACCUUCUAAAGCAACAACCCCAAAGCCAUCCCCAAAAGUAACACGGAGAGGCAAGGUAGCUGCCAAAGCAGCAACACCCAAGGUUACCAAGAAAGCAACAAAGGCUGCAGCACCCACUCCAAAGGCCACACGGGGAAAGAAGAAUGUGGUAAAGACUCCAGAGCCUGUAAAGCCAUCGCCAAAGGUGACAAGAGGAAGGGGAAAGGCCCCAGCAAAGGCAGCGAAAGCAUCACCAGCUCCAACCCGAUCCACCCGUUCAAGAAGGAAGUGAAAUAUAUAAUAGAGAAUACGACAGUACCAUUUUUCAUCUGUUCUCAUCUGUAAAUAUCUUGUAUAAUAUGUAGAAUUUUAUCUGGAAACCAAUGUUGGCAAAGGAUCAGUGUAUAUGAGCAAGUUCAUGGUAACAAUUUAGACAAACAAAAGUUUUGAAUUUUUGAAAACUUUCUGUGAAAGUGAAUUUUUAAUUUUUAUUCAAACACUGCUCAGCCUCAUGUAAUAAAGAGUCAACCCCAUGUACAUUGAAUUAAUCACAUUGCAAAACAAGGACUUUUGUUACAAUGUUCUUUAUUCAGGAUGGCAGUCAACAAAAUGGUCUUCAUGCCCCAACAAUAACAAGUGGGCUUUGUGCGAUAUCUACCUCAUGAGAGUUAUAAUAUGCACGACAUUCACCAUGCAUUUUAACAAAAUUAUAUAAUGUACAUAAAACUGCUUUUAUAGAAUAGUUUGCUGGCAUAAGUAACUAAUAUUUUGAUACAUGUACAGAUGUGUUUUUAAUGAACCAUAACAGUGAAUCAACUUGCCGAAAUUUAAUGAUUAUUAUGGAUGAAGCCUGGCUGACUGUCGGUCUAUUUCAUAAGACUGAUAUAUUUUUAUCUACUUUACAAUCAAGAAUGUGGAAGAGGGUGUUAAUAAUGAAUUUGAUGGAAUAUUGGUGUCAAUUUAUAUGUAGUUUCAGUUCAAUUUAAUUGUUUAGCUCUUAGUAUAAUAAACUACAAGCAACCAUGAUUUACAUAGAAAAUAUAAAUACAGUGGAUUUGAUCCUUAAAAAAGUGACUUCCAUUCAUGGCACUUUCCCAUUUCAGCAUUUAUCAGAAUUUAAGAUUUAAUUUUGAAAAGCAUAAAAAUUGAAAGUCAUGAUUAUCCUUCGAAAAAUAUUUGCUUAAUUUAUGAUUUCAUUGAAUUCAUCAUAAUGCAUUUAUUACAGACUAGCUCGGAUGUUGAAUUUUAAGGUAUUUGACGGCGUCUUUUUUACGUCUAAAGGCAAAUAAUCUUUGUACAUAUAUGCAAUGGCUGUUUGAAUUCUGAGUGAUGUAUAUAGUCUUUUCUCUGUAUUCCAUGAUUGUGCCUCGUCUUUAUGACAAUUGGGUGCUGGCAAUAUGUGACAUGUACAUAGAUGAAAGAAGACAUUAACACCCCAUGAACAUUCCAGGCCUUUUCAUAAUUUUCAGGCACUUUUUCACUUUAAAAAAAAAAAUAGGGAAAACCUGCAAACUAUAUUGUUCUGAAGAAAAAAAGCAAUGAUCUGUAUUCUGUAAUAUGUUCUUAUUUUACGGAAUCAAGUUUGAAAUGUUUAGGAUUUUAAGAUAAAAAAACAAUGCUCUUAGCAUUUUGUUUCUGAUUUUAGGAGACAUGUCAGGAUUUAGAUAGAGCUCAAAGUUUUUUUGGAAUAUCUCAGAAAGGAGUGUGUUGGAUAUAUUUUAAUGAAGUAGAAAAUCACUGUGAGUUCAAUUUUGUACAUAAUGAAUUACCUGAACAAUAUGCAUUCUUGUAUCUUAUACACCUCCCCAUACACUAGCUUGAUUUACUCUCUUGGAGUUUUCAUUACUACAUUUGAAUGUUGUGGCAUUAAGACAGAUGUUUUGGUCUUAAAAGGUAUGGUGAACAUGCAGAGUUUCGGGUUUGUGCGCUUUUGCAAUGUACCGAUAUUGAAGGGGAAAAUACAUACGUAUGUACAGACUGUAGAUUGUUGUAUAAAAAUGAUUUAGUCUGCGUGGUGAGGGCAUGGUAAAUGUGUUGUAGUGGUGUGUAAAUGGAUUUUAUAGUUUGUAUAUAUGCUUUCAUGUUAAAAAGUCUGAACUCUUUAACAUGUAUGCAUUUUGUACUGAAAUUCUGUAUCUAGCUCAUUUUGUGUGAUGGAGGAAUUUAGGACCAAAUUUUAGAUGCUUAAACUCGGCAAGAUUCACUUGGGGACCAAAUUUUAGAUGUUAAUAUGGGAUUUUCUUAUCAAGUUUUGUGUGAAAGUCAAUGCCCUUUUUAAGAUGUUGCAUUUUAAAGUGUUUAAUUAAUUAUUAAGGUUUUGUUUGCAUAUAUCUUACUUUUUUGUUAUUUAAUGUAUACACAUUUUAGGGGGGAAAAUCAAUUUGCACCCUUUAAAUGCAACAAUGGGAGCUCAUUCUUUGGUGCAACUUUGCAUCCAAAGAAGUUUUUGCAUCUUUUAGGGUGCUAACUUGCAUUUCCAGGUGCAAAGAGGGACACUUUUUUCUACGUGUAUACAAGGAUAACUGUCGGCAAGAACCACAGUACAUGUCUGUUGACUUGACUGUGCACCACAAUACAAAAAAGGAGUACGAUUCAAUACCCCCAAACCCCUGUAAAUAAACAAAAAUAUGUCAUGAUUUUGUCUGAUGGUUUUACAGUGUUAUUGUGAAAUUGUAAAUACUGUAUUUUAUGUUCCUUUUGCUUUUCUUUUUUUCUUUCAUUGUUCAACGUGUGUGUGUAUGUUUUCUUUUUUUGUUGAUGUAGUAAAUUUCACUGUAAACCUC